GACAGGCCUUAUACAAGUUCGUCUUUCAUAGUUCGACGGAAAACUAUUCUACGACACGUGUCCUUUUAAUUGUACGAUGAUCGGUCCAACGUGUUAAAAAAAAUAUCACAAAUAUCAGAAGAUUUGUCUUCGAACUUGACGAUAAUCACGGUGAUGGGUAACUACAAAAGUGUUUACGUUUACACGGAUUUAAAGCUAACCAUCGAGAUUUUUAUUCGUCCAAUGGAAAGGUGACAAAACGUGAUAUCAAUUUUAAUUAAUACGGUUAAAUGUGACGUAAGAAUAUGAACGGUACAACCGAUUAGUGGAUGAACUUUUAAAAGAUUCGUUCAGUUUGACUGGUUUAUUAAUUUAGUGACAGUGAGAGUAAACAGUGCAGUGUUUGUCGAUCGUUAUUCGUGGAGUGUAAAGAUUAAAUAAGCGUCAGGAAAAUAAAUCGUAUUAUUUCAUUGGAUCCAGGAUUAUAAUUAAAAGGACACACGUAUCUCUCUACGUUAUAUUCUCAAAUGUUAAUUGAAAGAAUUAGUCGAGAGUUUACCGACGGGAAACGAUCCUAGGGAUGUACAUAUAAAAACUUCUCGUCCUAUUAUAUUUUUAUCAUCUAAAAAGAAUUUUAUGAAAGAUUGGGCUAUGAUCGAUCGGUACUGUCAACCUGGCACACGCGGUGCCACUGAUCAAGAUUUAUCUUGAUCCUGGACAACAAAGGGAACAAAUUUCUUCUACAUCAUUUUGCCUUGACAGCAGUAACAGCAGCUUCAUCUGCAGUAGCAGCAGCUUCAUCUGCAGUAGCAGCAGCUUCAUCUGCAGUAGCAGCAGCAGCAGCAGCGGUAGCUGCAGCGGACGACAAAAUGCCAGAGAAAGAAGUGGCCUAUCAUCAAGAAGCUUUUUCAUUGCUACCACCGCCACCCCCACCGCAUCAUCCUCAUUCGGCAUUUCACGCGGCUUUUCACCCCCAUCCGCAUCCGCCACCUUUACCACCGUUUCUUCCGCAUCACGGACCACCACCACCAGCUCCGCAUCCAGCCGCAGCGGCUGCUGCAUGGGAACACCAUGCGGCCGCUGCAGCCGCAGCCGCCGCAGCUGCAGCUUUCCACGUACCUCCGCAUCAUUCAUUGUCCGGUAGCACAAUAGCGAUCAGCAGCAGCGGUAACGGAGGUAGUGGAAACGGGAGUAGUGGUGGUGGAGGAGGAGGAGGCGCUGGGGGAGGAGGUGGUGGGGGCGGGACCGCCGGAAACGGGAUUUCCAGCGGGGAUUUCCUCCGAAGGAGUCACCCCCUCUCGGAGCAUACGAGCCUGCAUCCCCCCUUCCGGAUCAACUACAUGGACCACCUUUAUCAUCAGCUUCAGGCCUCCACGCACAGUCCAAGCGCCUCGUUACACGGACUGGGUGGUUUGGGGCCAGAGUAUAUACUCCAUGCAACAGGACCAUCUAGUACAUUAGCAUCGUCAGAGUUUCCUUUUUCGAUCGACGUUUCAGCGUCAUCGAGAUUAGGAAGUCCAAGAGCAUCGGCGAUUAGAGCUAGCCGGAAACGAGCCCUAAGUAGUUCACCAUACUCUGAUCGCUUCGACAUCGACAGCAUGAUUAGAUUCAGUCCAAAUAGUUUAGCAUCCAUCGUGAAUGGUUCGAGAAGUAGUAGUGCAAGUGGCAGUUAUGGUCACUUAUCGGCUGCGAUGAGCCCAGCGUUAGGUAUGCACCCUGGCAUGGCGCCUCAUUUGCAGCAGCUUCAGGCACACCUUUUGAGAAGCGCCGCCGCGGCGGCUCUUUUGCCUCACACGCAUCCUUUGCAACCGCCUGCACCACCGCCAUUGCCUCCACACCCUCAUUCUCACCCUCAUGCGCACGGUCUUUCGUCUCACUCCCAACUUUAUUCUUGUGUACCACCUCAUUCUACGGCAUCGACGACGACCCUUGCUCCUCAUGGAGGAUUACCACCAAAGAGUGAGAAUGCAGAAUCCUGUAGAAAAGCUUCGGAAACAACUUCGAGAUCGAUCACCGCGGAGGCAGACACAUCAUCGAGAAGAACGUCUACCAAGGUAAAAAGAGAGCCAGCAACUACAACCACCAAUACAACGACCACUGCUCCCCCGACCCAUCCUCAAGGACUUAGUCCUAGCGAGGAUCUUCGAGAUGAGCCUGGUGACUUCAUUGAAACGAAUUGUCAUUGGAGGGACUGCGGCCUUGAAUUUCCAACUCAGGAUGAUCUUGUGAAGCAUAUAAACAAUGAUCAUAUACAUGCUAAUAAAAAGAGCUUUGUUUGUGGUUGGGAGGAAUGUUCGAGAGAGGAAAAACCAUUUAAGGCACAAUACAUGUUAGUAGUACAUAUGAGAAGGCACACAGGUGAAAAACCUCACAAAUGUACGUUCGAAGGUUGUUUCAAGGCAUACUCGAGACUGGAGAAUUUAAAAACUCAUUUGAGAUCUCAUACAGGUGAAAAGCCAUACACCUGCGAAUAUCCAGGUUGUAGCAAAGCUUUUAGCAAUGCUAGCGACCGAGCGAAACAUCAAAACAGGACGCACUCGAACGAGAAACCGUACGUUUGUAAAGCACCCGGCUGCACAAAAAGGUACACGGACCCUUCGUCCUUGAGGAAACACGUAAAGACAGUCCACGGAGCGGAAUUUUAUGCCAAUAAAAAGCAUAAAGGUGGUGGCGGAGAUGGUGGUGGAAGCGACGAAGCAGGUGCAGGAGGACAUAGUCCUAGUAGAAGUGAAGAUUUGCAUCCCAAGACACCGAGUUUAUCGAGUCCUAGCGUCAAAUCUGAGAGUGAGGCCAAUAGUCCACCUGGAAUGAUGCAACAACAAGGAAGUCCUCUUAUUGGAGGUUGUAACGAUGAAGUGACUGGUGUAGGUACUCUUACUAACGACGGAGCCAAUCUUUCGGAAGAACCAUGGACCGAAGAACCUGACGAUUUAGACAUUGCCGAUCUUCCAAUUGCUCUUCGUGCUAUGGUUGGUGGAAUAGAAUCUCAUCAGCAGCAACAGGUAGCGACAGCUAAUUCGAGGAAUCGAAUGAAGGGAAGAUUGAAUGCCAAGGGUUUACCAACGCUUCCGGUUAGCGUGUCCGGAAUGAGAGGCGUUCGUGGCAUUGGGGCCCAGAGUAAUAUCGGAGACUUGAACAGGAGGAUCACAGAUUUAAAAAUGGAAGGUGGUGUUCCAGCUCGUCAAACGAGCUUAUCGGAUUUACAACUUAGAUUGCAACCUUUGAGCGAACCUCGGAGAGACAGCAACAGUACUGUUAGUACGUAUUAUGGCAGUAUGAGAUCAACCGAUUUUGGUAGUAGAAGAAGUAGCCAGGCUAGUGGUAUUAGUGCUGUAAGAACUGGACCUACUGGACCAGGGAGUUUUUACGAUCCUAUUAGUCCUGGUACUUCUAGAAGAAGUAGUCAAAUGAGCACAACGUCUGGUAGAAUUAAUCCUCCGAGUCAUAUACAAGGACAGUAUUCUACCAGUAAUCUGGUUCUACAAACAAGAAACAUGUCAUUGCAGGGUAUCCAAAGUAAACCAAACGAUUGGAACAAUCCUAGCGAACAUUGUACUCAACCUUCCGGUGAUCGACGAAUGUCUGAACCUGCAAGAGGACAUCAGGUACAUAGAACGUCUCCACCUAUGCCUCCGAGACCAAGAUCAGCACAAUUACCAGAACUUCAUCCAAAUCAAGAAGUUAUUUUGGAUGAAGUUGGGGAAGGUGAAAUGGUGGAAAAUAAACUCGUCAUUCCAGACGAAAUGAUGCAAUAUCUGAAUCAAGUACAAGCAGGUGGAAAUCAAAACAAUUAUAGGAGCAGUCCUCUACCUAUUUGUCAAUCACCGAUAUGUACAAAUCCCUUACAUUAUCAACGACAGAUGCAACCUGCUUGUAAUUACAAUCAAACACAUCAACAAAAUUGUUAUUCGGCUCAGCAGUCUUCCCAACAAUCUUGCCUUAAUUAUCAAAAUACUUCUCCUAUUCCAUACAAUCAAUGUCCAAGCUCUCGACCUACUCAUCCCUCUUCCCAGUAUUGUCCACCUCCUCCCAAUUAUGCAUCUCAACCAGUUUCAGCACAAAUGGCGAGUCCUGCAAGUGGUCAAGUAAUGUCACCAGGGUCUCACUAUGCUCCUAGUCAUAUAAGUGAUCAGCCAUUGACUUCUCCAGCAGCUGGUGCUUUAGCACCACAACAUACAUCACAAAAUAUGUUACAAAAUUCAGCUCAACUUACAAGAAAUUGCUCACAAAAUCACAUGUACCAUAAUUAUUAUCCCAAUCAUGGCUGUCAAGUACAGUUAAAUUCCAAUUGCAAUCGCACUGCGGGCAAUCAAACGAACCAUCAUUCCAAUCAAACGUGUGUAUCGGCUAAUCAUACGUCGAUGGGUCAACAAUCGUGUAUGCAAACGCGUUCAAAUGUUAAUUGUCAACAAUCAAUUCCACACUGUACGCAGCAAGCAAUGCUAUCUGGUCAAUCUACUAUAAGCCAUCCUAAUUCACAAUGUACUCAAACGACUAAUCAAUGUUCAACAAGGCCGGUGGUAACACCUAAUAGUCAAAUGACGAGUUUACAUUUGGAUCAGCAAACUGGAAAUACUAAUCAGUGUACAUUAAUGUCACCACAUUGUUCGCAAAUGAAUGUUACUAAUCAAACUAAAGUCAUUAAUAACAUGAGCGGAUUACAGGAAUGUCAGCAACAAACACAAACAACUAAUUCCUGCAUUCAAAUCCAAACGUGUAUUCAUCCAAAUAGUGGCCAUCAUCAAAAUAUUACAAAUGAUAAUUCAAUGCCUAAGAGAACAUCCCCACAGUUGUGUAAUGCAUUACAAAGUAAUGGUAGGAUGCAACAACAACAAAUUUGUGGCCAUGGUUGUCAGAUACGAUCUAAUCCUCCUAAUACUCAUCAAUAUAAUUGUAAUUGUCAGUGGGGUUAUGGAGAACAAUGUUAUCAAGAACAGGGUGGUACCAGUUUGUUAGAGAUACAAUGCAAAGAUAUAAGCCAAUCACAACAAGGUUCUCCGGUUAAACCACCGCAAGGUAUGAGACAAGAUUCUUACAGGAGAACAUUAGAGUAUGUGCAACAAUGCAGAAAUUGGUCUGGCAAUAUGCACGAGACUAGCGUAUCAAGUUCUACUCAUCCUAUAUCUUUGCCGCAACCAUUACCAGCUAGCGCAAAUAUGGUUGUUAACGACAUGACGUCAUCUUUAAGCUCUUUACUCGAGGAGAAUAGGUACUUGCAAAUGAUUCAAUGAAUUUAUUUGCAUCGCGAAAGUAUUUAUGAUAAAUUUUACAAUUAUCGCGGGUAAUAUUGCCUUUUUUUAAUUGAUCGACUUUAUGAUGUAUUUAAGUGCCUUUAAUGAGUGCUGUUUGAUACAUUACAUGUGCCUUAGUAGUUCAUUAUACUUUUUCUAUGAUAUUCUCUCUAGAAUAUUACGUUUUACACAAGUAUUUUAUAAGAGGAAAUGUAUUUUUUACAAAGAAUAUGCAUUAUAUAUCUCUUCUAUAGAUCGAUUCUUUUCUACUAUUUACACCCACACACAUACACACAGACACAUACACAUAUAUAUUUGUAGGUAUUUACUCUUUAGUAAAACUAUUAGUUAAUCUAUUCGACUGCGCUAUGUACUUUAAGCCAUAUCACGAUUUUUGUAGAUAUUAUUUUACGAUAACACAUAUUAUGCAAGUACUGAUUAUUGAAAGUAUGCCAAUUAUAUACUUUGUUUUUCUUUUUUUUUUUAAUCAUAAUUUUAUCCGUUUAGUUCUAUGACGAAUAGUGCAAAAUGUGCACUGUGAUACAAAGAAUUUGAGCUACUUUCUGGUGCAUGUGUGUGUGUGUGUGUGUGUGUGUGUGUGAACGAUGAAAACAAUAAUAUUUUUCUUACCGAACAAUUUUUGAUUCUAGUUAAAAUAAAUCACUAUAAUGACAUAGUAUAUUUAAUUUUGGUGCAAAUUUGUCAAUUGUAUAUUCUAAAAUUUUAUUAAUUAUAUUUUACUACGCAGUUUUCGAUCGUAAUUGAUAAAAUUACAAACUGAAUUUUAAGCAUAACGAUCGAUCUUAUUCAAACUGAUUUUGUAAAAAAAAAAUUGCCAACGCUAGAUUUAAACAAAUGUAGAUAAAAAUUAGUGGAAAAUAGAAUAGUAAGUGUAAACAAUGUGAGGAAAAGUACACUUUUUGAUAUGAUGAUAUGGAAGUAUGAGUGAUAAUAUAGUUUUAUUAUUUUUUUUCUGUUUUUUUUUUUUCAUAAAGAUUUUUGUGUAAAGAUAUUUAACGAUAUUCAUAGUCAUCUAAAUUAAAUCUUUCGGAUUAACCGAUUGAGAUAUGAACUUGUGCCUUUAAAAAUCAUUAAGAAUGUUGUCAAGUUAAAAACGCUUCGAUACGGCGUAUCUAAAAUAUGUUUUUGUUAUGCGAACAUUUUUUAAUGAAUUUUAUUAAUCCCUUAUAUAAAACUACGAAAAGAGUUUCUUGUGAAUACUAUACAUACUUAUCGUAUACAUAUAUAGUAAUUAAAUUCAUGUGGUAAAUAUAAGAACGAAAGGUUUUACAGCCCAAUAUUAUUGUUGAUUAUUUGACGAAUAAAUAAGUUUUCUAAAUUAUUUAUAAUUUUUCCUGUUUUUUAACCAAUAAUU